CGACGUCGGACUGUUUUGGCUUUUGGGUAGCAGUGGAGUGUUCAGUGUUGUGUUGUUUGCUGUUAGUAGUCCGUAGUCCGUAUAUGAAAAGUUGAUAAAAUGGCAAUUCGUAUCAGCCAACAAUAUGUGAAUAAACGUUUCAUAAAGAAUGAUGAUCCUCGCGAACUAUAAAAAGACUAUUCUAUAACAAAUAUAUUCCCCAUUACACUAACUUCCGGUUUUUUGGGAUAUUUUAUUUGAUUGUGGCAUGAUUAAAUUGCUUGGAGGUGACGUCUAUGGCCGAACAAGCUAGUUCCGCGUUUGGUAACGCGUCUUCUAUCAGUACCAGGAGGGGAAAUUUAGAAGGAAAUUCUAGAUCAAGAAUUGGUAGUCGCAAAGGUAACAAGAAAAAUACAAAUAUUCCAGAAGCAGAACAUUCUGUUCCGAUCACAGAAAAUACAGAAAAAAUCCCUGUGGAUGAAUCUGCUGUUCCUGUUCAAAAUAAUCGUAAAAGUAAAUCAAGUACCAGAAAUAAUCGAACAAGUCAACAGGAACUGAUAACUCAAAAAGAACCUAGUUCAAGUAGGAAGUCUACAUCGGUAAAGUCGCCUAAUUCAAAUAAAAGAGAUCUUGGUGUAAACAGUUUUAAGGAUUUAGAUUUAUCAUUGCCAAAUCAAUCUUCUCAAUUUUCUUUUCAUCAAACCAGAUAUAGAGCUACACGUAAAAGUCGUUCUUCUUUACCUGCUGCUGUAGGAAAAUCAUUGGACUCAGAAGGUAACCAGAAAGAAAGACCUUCUGAAAAUAGAUAUCCGCUACGUAGCAAGUCAAAAGUGUCUGUUCAAACUGAAGAUACUUCUAACGAUAGUCCUGCUCAAGAAACUGAGCCUUCGCCUAACAAACGUCUGAAAUUAGAACUUCCUACGCUGGGUGCAUCUUCAAGUCAACGUAAGACUAGAGAGGAAAGUACAUUACGCACGUCUUUACCGUUGCGUAGAAAACGCGGAAGACCAACAACGGGGUCUUGUGCUAGCAAUAGUCGCCGCGGUAAUACCAAAGCGAGUGGAAGAGAGGCAACGGAAGUGGCAAUGGAAGGAGUGGUUGAAGGGGAUGGUAUAGCAGAAGGCAAUGAUAAUCUGAAUUUGAUUCCAUCUACAUCUAGUUCAGUUAAUACCAAUACACAAGAUAUAGCAACUUCUUCUACCACCCCAUCAAACACUAAUCCAUCAUCUUCUGGCACACAAUCUGGAGGGCCAUCAGCUUGGAGUAGCAAUGCAAGUCAUGACAGUGAAGAGGAAGGUGAAGUUGGCCGUUUACAAGCUUUAUUAGAAUCUAGAGGUUUACCACCGCAUUUAUUUGGUGCUCUAGCUCCUCGUAUGCAUCAUUUAUUUAACCGUUCGAUGGGUGCUGCAUCUACAACUUCAAAAGCUCAACAGUUGUUGCAAGGCAUGCAAGCAACAGGGGAUGAAGGACAACAGCUCCAAGCGGUUAUUGAAAUGUGUCAAAUGUUAGUGAUGGGAAAUGAAGAUACUUUAACAGGAUUCCCUGUAAAACCAGUAGUCUCGGCAUUAAUUGUUUUACUGUCAAUGGAACAUAAUUUUGAUAUGAUGAAUCAUGCUUGUCGUGCAUUAACCUACAUGAUGGAAGCCCUACCCCGUUCGUCAGCCGCUGUUCUUGAUGCUGUUCCGGCCAUGCUGGAUAAAUUACAAGCAAUUCAAUGUAUGGAUGUAGCAGAACAAUCUCUUUCUGCUUUAGAAAUGCUUUCAAGGAGACAUGGUCGGUCCAUACUACAAUCUAGUGGUGUAGCUGCUUGUUUAACAUACAUAGAUUUCUUUAGUAUAAAUGCUCAACGAGCUGCUCUUGCCAUCACUGCAAAUUGUUGUCAAAAUAUGAAUGCAGAUGAAUUUCACUAUGUUGCUAAAUCAUUACCGUUACUUUCAAGUCGAGUCACUCAACAAGAUAAAAAAAGUGUUGAAAGUGUUUGUUUAGCGUUUAGUCGCCUAGUCGACAACUUUCAGUCUGAUCCUAGUAAACUAAAAGAAAUCGCUUGUGACGAACUAUUAACUAAUCUUCAACAAUUGGUUGUAUCUUCUCCGCCAAUUAUGAGCUCAAGUACAUUCAUUAUGGUAUUAAGAAUGAUGUCUAUGCUGUGUACAAACUGUCCAGAGUUAUCACAAACGCUGCUGAAAAAUAAUAUUGCUGAUACGCUUGGUUAUCUGCUUACAGGAUCUCCUUCCCCAGAACUCACUCAAAUUGAACUACUUCCAAGAAGUUCCCAAGAACUUUAUGAAGUAACUUGCCUCAUUGGAGAACUUAUGCCGCGUUUACCAUCUGAUGGCUUAUUUUCAGUAGAUAGUCUUUUAGAUCGACAUGGAAUAUAUGGCGCACUUCCAGGUUCUGGGGUAUCCCAACAAAUGGUUCAGUGGCAAUGGCGAGAUGAUCGAUCAAUGUGGCAUUCUUAUACGUCAUUAGAUUCUCGAAUCAUUGAGGUUGCACAUCAAGCUGGCGAAGAUGAAGUACUUUUAAGCCACGCUCCUUACACAAUUGAUCUACAUUCUAUGCGACAAAUUAAUGAAGACACUGGAACUACACGUGCUAUACAACGUAAAGUUUUAACUGUUUCAGCUUCUUUCAACAACAAUCACCAAGCAAGAUCAUCAGCUGAUUUGGAAUCUUUAGUCGCCUCAUUUGGUGAAAAUGAACUAGCAGGAUCAUUUGUACGUUUACUAUUCAGUAUUCUUUAUGAAGUUUAUAACAGUUCGGCUGGUCCUUUGGUCAGAUAUAAGUGUCUACGAGCCUUAUUGCGUAUGGUUUACUAUUCUCCUCCGGAAUUACUCUCGAAGGUAGUUACCCAAAAACAAAUGGUAGCCAGUCACAUUGCCGGUAUGAUGGCUUCACAAGACUUGAGAAUAGUUGUUGGAGCAAUGCAAAUGGCUGAAAUUUUAAUGCAAAAACUGCCACAAGUCUUUGAAACACAUUUUAUACGUGAAGGUGUUAUGCAUCAAGUAAAACAAUUGGCAGAAGCAGAUAUCCAAACAUUAGUUAAACUAUCUCCGCCUUCUACUUCUAAUACUGGAAUUGAAGGUCUCCCUGGACCAUCUAGAACCACCCAGAACGAUAACUCUAUUCCUCCAUGGUCAUUACCCAUCGAAAAUGGAAAUAAUGAAGUACAGUCAACUACUGGUGGCCCUGAUGGUGAAGGAGAUGAAGUACCUGAAGCAACUGUUUUGGCACAAGUAGCACAACGCUGUUCAUCAAAUCGAAUUUCCGAAGUUCUUAAACGCAAUAAAAAACAUAAUAAAAGACAAUCUGGAAGUACUCCACGAAAAAAAGGAAAUCAAGACGAAAUUAGUGAUAUUCAAAAUUUAGCUAGUAGUAGCGGUAGUACACUUUCACCAAGUUCAGCACAAGCCAUGACACUACAUGAAUUUUUUAUAUCAAAAGGUGGAAGUUCAGCCUCAAGAGCAGUUGGUGUUAGCUCUUCAUCAAGAACUCGUUUUUCAAAUUCAAACUUAAAAUCAACUUCUGGUUUUCUUGCAUCGUUAAAUCCAGCCAGGUUUUUAAGAAGCACAGAAAGAGCAUUUUCAAAAGAAUUGAACAAGAAUUCUAAUAUGUGUGGCAAUGGAUCAAAUUCUUCGAACUCUGCGUCAAAUAUUAGUGUAAUAAAUCGAGAAAAAGCUCGAUUUUGGGUGAAAGAAAGAGCUCAACAUUUCUUAAGCUCUUAUGACAAGAAUAUAACCGAUGAGGAAAUGGACAAGGAGAAUGGACUCUCUGACACCAUUUUAGUUCGCCUUACAAAAGCAAUAAAUAAAUUGCAGAAUGAAGGAAAUGAAGAUAUAAAUGCAUUACUAGAGUUAAGGGAAAUUGUCCUUACAUCAGAUAUAUCAUCGUUUGAAGUUAAUCAUAGCGGCUUAAUACGAUCACUGACUGUUUAUUUAACUGAAACCACUUUUGGAUUAGAUCAAAGAAAUGAAAGGCUACGCAAAUUCCUUCAUGUUUUUACUGGAUGUCCCCUUGACAGCUAUGAAGCAUUUACAAAUGAUACACAUAAUAUAAAAAAUAGUAGACCUUUUUCUGCGUUGAUUGGAAAAUUAGGUAGUUGUGUUUCACAAUUGGAACAGUUUCCCGUUAAGGUACAUGAUUUGUCAACAGGUGCAGGAAAUAGUGCUCUCAAGUUCUUUAACACACAUCAACUGAAGUGUUUGUUGCAAAGACAUCCAGAUUGCAAUAAUUUAAAACAAUGGAAAAGUGGUACUGUUAAAAUUGAUCCGCUAGCUCUAGUACAAGCUAUUGAGCGAUAUUUAGUAGUUCGUGGAUUCUCUCACAUAAGGGAAAACAAUCAAUCCAAAUCAGAUGAUGAUAACAGUGAUGAUGAUAUUGAUGAUACUUUAGCAGCUGUUGUUAUUGGACAAGGGUCAGCCAGGCAUAAAUUACAAUUUCUUAUUGGAAAUCAUAUACUUCCUUAUAAUAUGACUGUAUAUCAGGCAGUUCGACAGUUUUCUACGAGUAGUGAUAUGGAGGCUGAUAAUGAAUCUGAACUUCCUUUAGGAUCUGCAGGAAUAUGGGUUCAAACACACACCAUAUAUUACAGACCGGUACCAGAAGAUAAUACUGAAUUACACUCGCCAAAACCUUCUACCAACUCUACUGGUAAAAAAGGAAGAUCAAGUACACACAAAAGUACCUCUAAAAAGAUAAAAGAUGAAUUGUGGUUAGAAGGCAAUGUUUCUCCAGUGAAGUCUCCACUAGAAUUAUAUCUUCAGCUUUCGUUACCUGAUUAUGUUCAAAUUCAAGAUCCCUCAUUGCCUGUGCUCAGUUUAUUACGAGUAUUGUAUGCCAUAAAUCGAUACUGGACUUCUUUGUAUCCCACACAACUUCAUAAUAAUUCAAUUAUCCCAUUUAACGAAUUUAUAAAUGUUAAAAUAUCAGCCAAAGCGAACCGACAACUUCAAGAUCCAUUAGUAAUUAUGACAGGAAAUUUGCCUGGUUGGCUUCAACAAGUGGCUUCAGCGUGUGCGUUCUUGUUGCCGUUUGAAACUCGACAACUACUUUUUUAUGCAACUGUGUUUGAUCGUGAUCGAGCUUUACAACGUUUGCUAGAUUCUAGCUCAGAACUUCAAGGUGCUGGAGGUAGUAACAAUGGAGAUAUGCAUGAACGUGUAGCGCCACGUCUUGAUAGACGAAAACGUUCUGUAACUAGAUCUAAUAUACUUUCUCAAGCUGAAGCUGUGAUAUCUGAAAAUGCCUCUUCACGUGCAUUACUAGAAAUACAAUAUGAAGAUGAAGUAGGCACAGGUUUAGGACCUACCUUAGAGUUUUAUGCUUUAGUCUCUAAAGAAUUACAAAAGGCUGAGUUAGAGUUAUGGAACAAUACUUCUAAAACUGAAUCUGACACCUAUGUAUUUACACCUGAAGGGUUAUAUCCAAAUCCAUUAUCUCGAUCAACUAAGCAACCACAUCAAGUUAAAAUCAAAUCGAAAUUUAAAUUUUUAGGAAAAUUUAUGGCUAAAGCCAUUAUGGAUUCCAGACUAUUGGAUUUACCAUUAAGCAUAUCCAUGUACCGCUGGUUAAUAGGUCACGAGAACUAUUUAUCUCUUAGUGAUCUCCUUUAUAUAGUUCCUGAUGUUUAUAAUACUUUAUCUCGUCUUCAUGAGCUUGUGCUUCUAAAAAGAUCAAUUCUAGUUGAUAACUCAUUAAACGAUGAACAAAAAUCAGAAAAGAUAAAUAAAAUCACUUUAGAUGGUAGCUCCAUUGAAGAUUUAGGUCUUGAUUUCACUCUACCAGGGCAUCCAUCAAUAGAAUUGCGUAAAAAUGGUCAAAAUAUAAAUGUUACAAUUGAAAACUUAGAAAAAUACAUACAACUGGUAUGUCAUUGGUAUUUACGUGAAGGGGUUUCAAAACAAAUGGAAAGUCUCAGAGAAGGAUUUGAAAGUGUCUUUUCACUUAAAAGGCUUGGUCAAUUAUUUUAUCCGGAAGAAUUAGAAGCAAUAUUUUGUGGCCACACAAGCCCAUGUAAACAUUGGGACGUGCGUAUGCUUUUAGAGGCAUGCCGUUUAGAUCAUGGAUACACAGCAAAUUCUAGGGCAAUCGGUUUUCUUUUCAACAUUUUAUCAGAAUAUGAUCAUCAGCAACAAAGAGACUUUCUACGAUUUGUUACAGGCGCUCCUCGACUUCCUGUUGGAGGUUUUAAAUCUCUCUCUCCAGCUUUGACCAUUGUACGGCGAAUUUUUGAAGAUAAUGAUAAUCCAGACAAUUACUUACCAUCAGUAAUGACUUGUGUGAACUACCUCAAAUUACCAGAUUAUUCCUCAAUAGACAUAAUGCGAAAGAAGUUACAUACAGCCGCAUCUGAAGGACAACAUUCUUUCCAUUUAUCAUAGUCAUGUAAAAUUUUAAAUGCCGAUUGAAAAUAAAACUUGUCAUAAAUAUAUUCCACUUAUGAUUAAUUAACUUAAAAAAGAGCAAUAUAUUUAUAUACGUGCAUAUUAAGUGUAUAAUACACUUUUAUAAUUUAUGAUUUGUAAAUUUAAAUAUCUAUUCUUAAAUUUUUUUUCUUGUAAAUAUUAUACAUAUAGCAAAUGCAAAGUUUA